AUGCCUCCCCGCGCCAAUGACGGCCUCGACUUCACCCCAAUCCUCACCCACUACCUCUUUCUCUUCACCACAUUUCUGGCUAUUGCUGGAUGGUUCACCGCCUUCAUAUCCCAAUGCAUAGUCACCUCCCAAGUUGGUCGUAUUGCCGUUGGAUCACUAUGGUUCGCCAUCUUCCUACAGCUCUUCCUCAUCCUCGGCGUUCUCUAUACAUUGGCGACCGACUCAAUAUCUAUGCACCGUACCCAAAUAUCCAUCUUUGGUGCCGUCUCCAUCGUAUUCGCAGUAGAAGGCACAACACUCGGCAUCUUCGCCUCCGUCGGCUCGCUUAACGCCAUGGGCGCCGGCUGGCUCAUCCUCUCUAUCGUCGACAUCCUCUGGGUUCUCUACUUCACAUCGGAAGAGGACUCCCUCGCCCUCCAUAUCUUCAACAUGCUCGGCACGGGCGGCCUUACCCCGCCCUCGCGCCGCCGCCGAACACGUACCCAGUCCUCCAUGCACGGCAUGCAAUCUAACGGGUACCAGACCAACUACGGCUCUGGCGGAGGCAUUGGCUCGCACGAUGGCUACGACUCCAAGCUCGGCGGCAACCCAUAUGGUAGUCCGAAUCCUGCAACCCUCCGUAACCAGAACAGCUUUGGCGGUAGCCUCAACGACAACAUGAGAAGUAUGACGGGCACCGGCGGUCCAGGGAGCAUCCAUAACCAGACCAGCGUAGGAGGCGGAGGGUCCAUCGGCGGCGCCGAUAACGGCCCAAGCUCACCGCUCAUGGCGGGCGUCGGCGCAGGAAACUCUCCCCAGGCAACAAGUAACGAACCCGCGGCGCAGCCAGCUGAGUCGUAUCUAUACAAGGCGAAGGCUAUGUAUGCUUACACCGCCAACCCUGAGGAUCCAAAUGAAAUCUCAUUCAUCAAGGGUGAAAUUCUCGACAUUGUGGACAAGCAAGGGAAGUGGUGGCAGGCAAAGAAAGCAGAUGGACAGACCGGAAUUGCACCAUCGAAUUAUCUGCAAAUCAUCUAA